AUACAGCAGUGUAUAUCUACGAGUGGCCAGCAGAGAAGGAUAACGACACUGGAAGAGUGCAGCAGACACACUCCUGCAAAGUCCAAGGUGCUGGUAUCUCCAGCUACUCUGUGUUUCCAGGGCAGGCAGGGGCAUCUCUGAAGAGCUGUAUGAAGGAAGCAGAGAGCCUCAUCCCCCUCAGCAGGCACCACGAGACCCCCUCUACCUGGGGGCCACCGCCGGAAUGAGGCUGCUCAGGAUGGAGAACCAGAGUUUGGCUGAUCAGGUGCUUUGGUCGGUAGAGGAGGUGUUGCGGUCCUCUCCGUUCUCCUAUCAGGGCGCUCGCAUCAUCACAGGCCAGGAGGAGGGAGCCUUCGGCUGGGUCACUGUUAACUACCUGAGUGACCGUCUGAAACAGGGCUCAGGGACCACCGGAGCUCUUGACCUGGGCGGAGCCUCCACUCAGAUCAGCUUUGUAGGCAAUCAGGAUGUGGCGGAGGAAUCGGCGGAGAACGCUGUGACCUUCCGUCUGUAUGGAAAUGACUACUUCCUCUACACACACAGUUUCCUGUGCUACGGGAAAGACCAAGCGCUCAAACUGGCGCUUGCUCAGCAGACUCAGUCUGGGGACAGCUCAGUGCUGGACCCGUGUUUCCACCCAGGUUAUAGUGUUGAUCGAAGCUACUUUAGCGUGUACUCCAGCCCUUGCGUCAUGGCUGGGAAACCCCUCGGCUCCAGGGACAGUUUCACUCACGUAGGAGCAGGAAACGCAUCAUUGUGCCAGGAAGUAGUCAGACGAAUCUUCAACUUCAGUAGCUGCAGCUUCAGUCGCUGUUCUUUCAACAGGGUCUACCAGCCACCACUACAGGGGCCGUUUGGGGCAUUCUCAGCGUUCUACUUUGUGAUGAACUUUCUGAACUUGACAUCAGGCUCUCUGGAAAGCAGCAGGGAGAAGCUGGAGCGCUACUGUUCUAGACCCUGGACCCAGAUCAAACAGCAGCACCCUGAUGUGAAGGAGAAGUAUCUGGCAGAGUAUUGUUUCUCUGGGAGCUACAUCCUGUCUCUACUGACUGACGGAUACAACUUCACCUCAGACACAUGGACAGACAUCACCUUCAUCAAGAAGAUUUCAGGUAGUGAUGCAGGUUGGACGUUGGGCUACAUGCUGAAUCUGACCAAUAUGAUUCCAGCCGAGGCUCCAGACACUCCUCCUCUUCCUCACGCCGGCUACGUCACCCUCCUCUUCUUCAUCUCUCUUCUCCUCUUCUUCCUCCUCUUCCUCUGUUUCCGAUUCCUGUGGCCGCGCCGCAACUCCCAGACACAGAUGAUAUAGACACGCUGGACACCAUAAGGACACUGUGUGUGUGUGUGUGUGUGUGUGUGUGUGUGUGUGUGUGUGUGUGUGUGUGUGUGUGUGUGUGUGUGUGUGUGUGUGUGUGUGUGUGUGUGAACUAUGUGAACAUGAUGUUUAUAAAAUGUAUCUCAUGUUGUCAUGCUUCUUAUUCUCCAGUAAAGUUCAGAUGUAUAAAACAAA